AUGUGCUGGAUGCAAAAUGUGGGUUGCAGCGUGCUGGAUGCAAAAUGUGGGUUGCAAUGUGCUGGAUGCAAAAUGUGGGUUGCAGCGUGCUGGAUGCAAAAUGUGGGUUGCAAUGUGCUGGAUGCAAAAUGUGGGUUGCAGCGUGCUGGAUGCAAAAUGUGGGUUGCAAUGUGCUGGAUGCAAAAUGUGGGUUGCAGCGUGCUGGAUGCAAAAUGUGGGUUGCAAUGUGCUGGAUGCAAAAUGUGGGUUGCAGCGUGCUGGAUGCAAAAUGUGGGUUGCAAUGUGCUGGAUGCAAAAUGUGGGUUGCAGCGUGCUGGAUGCAAAAUGUGGGUUGCAAUGUGCUGGAUGCAAAAUGUGGGUUGCAGCGUGCUGGAUGCAAAAUGUGGGUUGCAAUGUGCUGGAUGCAAAAUGUGGGUUGCAGCGUGCUGGAUGCAAAAUGUGGGUUGCAAUGUGCUGGAUGCAAAAUGUGGGUUGCAGCGUGCUGGAUGCAAAAUGUGA